AUGCUGUUGUCAACUCGUGAUGCGCAACGGGAGAGACGGGCGUCAUAUAUUUUUGCAGCAGCUGCUGCUGAAAGACUAAGUUUGGCUGGUACGGACAAUGCCAGUUUUCAAGCAGAUUCAAUAUCCAAUGGUCAUAGAUCCAGUAUUAUAUCAGGAGUGCAAUCACAAGCACAGAUUCAACCACCACAAUUAUCAACAAUUGCUGAUGUUGCAGCAGACGAACCAACAAAUGAUCAAACAAAACGACCAACAUCUCCACAGAAAAAAAGACAUCAUUGGAAGAUGACUUAUUAUUUUUAUAUUCAUAUGGGUUGGUUUUUAAUCAGUUCAUUGUUAGGUGGUUUAAUCGUUUGGCUUAUUGAAAAUUAUUCAUCUUCACGUAAUCUUCAAAUUAAAGUCGAAUAUAUUGAUGCAUGGUUUGUUAGUAGUUCAUCUGUAUGUAGUUGUGGUUUAACAACAUUAGAUUUUGCAAAACUUUCACAAGCAUCUCAAAUAAUUCUUAUGUUUUUUACAUUUAUAUCUGGUGUUACAAUAAGUACAUUACCAGCAUUAGUUGUUAAAGCUCAAACACACAGAAGAGUUGAAGGAGUAACAGUGGAUGAUGAUCAUGGUGAGUUAGAAGACGAAAAUGAUGAUGAAUUACCAACGAUUAAUAUUCGACGUGAAAGAAAUUUACCAGAACAUAUUCGAAAUCGACUUGCAACAUUACCAAAUGCACGACAACUUCGUUAUCGUGCUUAUAUAACAUGUAUUGUACUUAUUCUUGCUACUUGUUUUACUAUUUAUACAAUAAUGUUCUUUGCUAUCGGUGGUUGGAUACAAACACAUUAUAUAUCUGAACAAUUAUUACAAGGAAAUUCUACUGUUAAUCCAUGGUAUAUAUCACUUAUUGUUACUGUAACAGGUUUUAAUCAAAAUGGAUUAUCACCAUUUUCAGAUGGUCUUUCACGUUUUGUUUUUGAUGUUUAUCUCAAUAUAUUUGUUAUGAUAUUAGUUAUGAGUGGAACAUCACUUUUUCCUUUUAUAUUACGAAAUGUAGUUAUGUUGGUACGUUAUUUAUCACCAUGGCGUCAUAAAGUUAUAUUUGAUUAUAUUCUUUUGAAUAAUCAUCGUUUAUCUACUUUACUUUUUCCUGCUGUACAAACUCGUAUUUAUCUCUUUGUAACCGUUUUAUUAUACAUAAUAGGUGUUAGUAUUUCACUUAUACU